AUGUGGAAAGCUACCAUCCCGAAUUUGCACAUCAACACUUUGGUGACAAAUCUUGCUAUAAAUAUUUACUAUUCUGAUGCAACAAUGUUCGUAUAUCCACAGUUGUCUUUCUCUAAAGCUGUUUCUAGUGUUGAAAAGGAUAUGAAGGAAGACGACGUUAUCGGCAAGCUAAGAGAACAAUUACCCAGUGAUCAGAUGAAUAUGAUGGUGGAUACUAAGGAGCACUUCCAAGUAAUUUUGGCAAAACAGAAAAACUUCAAGCCUUUUGGAGAACUGAUCACAAAGUUUACUGCGAAAGAAAAAUCUUUUGAAUUGUACAAAAUUACCGAAAGCUCACCGGAUUUUGACAACUACCUCGCUAGAGUGCAGUCGCUUGCUUUGUGGUAUAUCGAUGCCGCUCAAUAUACUGAUAAUGCAGAUCCACUGUGGAUGCAUUACUUUUUGUUCGAAUCGAAGGCGAACGAUGCAGGUGAUGGAUCACGUGUCUAUUCUCUUGCUGGAUAUGCUUCUUUGUACAAAUUUUAUGCGAAAUGUGGCAUAGGCGCCAAACUCCUGGAUACCAUAUACAAAGACCUUUGCUCAAUGAAAGAAGUUUUGGAUAUCACA